GGCUAAGCCUUCCCGGGCCGCGCUUGCGCCGCGUCGCUACGGCGAGGAGCUCUCUGCACGCAUGCGUGACCGUAAACGCGUGUAACCGCGCGAAGCGCUCUGGCGGCCUUCUCUUUGCGUUCGUGUGUUCGUGUUUCUCCUCGCCCCGGGCUUGGGUGCUUGAGACAGCACCCGCCAUCCUCAGUUCCUCACUGUUAAGUCCCAGGCCCUGGUCCCCACCCUGCGUUGCUCGACGCCACAGUGCUCUGCUAGCAGGCCGGGCAGGCGAGUGGCUCCUGCACCUGGCAUCCGGGACUCCUUAUCAGGCUCCUCGUAGGGGCUACCAACGAGUGUCCCGUGUCCGCUACGGAUUCCGUACAACGACGCACCGACAUGUGCCGAGUGGGCAGGUGCCCUGAGCGGAGCUGUCACUUAAGUGACGCGUUCAUGUCAAGAGUAGACGGGCCUCCGUGCUUCCUUAGCCAGCGCUGGGCAGCCCGGCAGCCCUCUGGCUUGCAGAGGUUCAACUGUAACGUGUGACUCCUCCCAGAACGGUAGAGUGUUAGGGGGGAGGGUGCCAGGUCAGCCCCGGGUUGCACUUUAGGCCCUUUGCAUCUUAUUUACAUAGUGCACUUCAGGGGGUAAAACCGAGUCCCAUGGGGCCCAAGGCUAUCAGGCGCUCAGAACCCAGGGGACGGGGGUGGAGCCCUCGGUACAGCCCUGCAGCUGGGGCAGGAAGCGAGAGCUGGGAGGGGAAAGGCCACAGCCCACAGAGUCGAGGCGGGCCCAAGACUUGUGGGGACACAGGGUAACACACCAAAGCCCUGAGGCCCUGCUGGCCCCCUGGGCGCUGGCCCAGCCCCGGCCUCCAGGGAUGGCUCUUGUGGACCCCGACAUCUUUAAUAAGGACCCCCGUGAACACUAUGACCUACUGCAGCGGCUGGGUGGUGGAACCUAUGGAGAAGUCUUCAAGGCCCGAGACAAGGUGUCGAAGGACCUGGUGGCUCUGAAGAUGGUGAAGAUGGAGCCUGACGAUGACGUCUCCACCCUCCAGAAGGAGAUUCUCAUGCUGAAAACUUGCCGGCAUGCCAACAUCGUGGCCUACCACGGCAGUUACCUCUGGCUGCAGAAGCUUUGGAUCUGCAUGGAAUUCUGUGGAGCUGGUUCUCUCCAGGACAUCUACCAAGUGACUGGCUCUCUGUCCGAGCUCCAGAUCAGCUACGUGUGCCGGGAAGUGCUCCAGGGGCUAGCCUACUUGCACUCACAGAAGAAGAUACACCGAGACAUCAAGGGAGCCAACAUCCUCAUCAAUGACGCCGGGGAGGUUAGGCUGGCUGACUUUGGAAUCUCAGCCCAGAUCGGGGCCACACUGGCGCGGCGCCUCUCAUUCAUCGGGACGCCAUACUGGAUGGCUCCCGAGGUGGCGGCUGUGGCCCUGAAGGGUGGAUACAAUGAACUGUGCGACAUCUGGUCCCUGGGCAUCACGGCCAUUGAGCUGGCCGAGCUUCAGCCCCCGCUCUUUGACGUGCACCCUCUCAGGGUUCUCUUCCUCAUGACCAAGAGCGGCUAUCAGCCUCCUCGGCUAAAGGAAAAGGGCAGAUGGUCAUCUGCCUUCCACAACUUUGUCAAAGUCACCCUCACAAAGAACGCCAAGAAACGGCCCAGCGCCACCAAGAUGCUCAGUCAUCAGUUGGUGUCCCAGCCAGGGCUGAACAGAGGCCUGAUCUUGGACCUUCUUGACAAGAUGAGGAAUCCUGGGAAGGGGCCGCCUGUUGGUGAGAUUGAAGAUGAGGAGCCUGAGCCGCCCCCUACUAUCCCACGGCGGAUCAGAUCCACCUACCGGGCCAGCUCCCUGGGGCUCCCAGACACGGACUGCUGUCGGCGGCACAUGGAGUUCCAGAGGCUCCGAGGAGUGGACCCCAGAUCUCAGGCUGACACCGUUCCACUACAGCCCCCUGGAGACUUCCGGAGCACCAGUCCCAGGAGCCAGCUCUCAGAAUCUGAUGAUGACUAUGAUGACGUGGACAUGCUCUGCCACCUCUGCUCGCCCAGCAGCCUCAGCUGCGACCCCAGCCUUCUCCCCAGCGCUCCUGUUUGCAGCCCACAGUGGUCGUGGGCUCUCUCACUGCCCCUGCCUCGGCUAAGCAGCCCUGCCCCUCCCGCAGAGGACAUACCCCCUCCGCUGCCCCCCAAGCCCAAGUUCCGGUCUCCAUCAGAUGAUGGCUCUGGAGGGGUAGGAGACGACGGGCAGCUGAGCCCAGGGGUGCUGGUCCGAUGUGCCAGUGGACCUCCUCCGCGCACCCCCCGACCCGGGGCUCCCCCAGCCACCUGCAGCCCCCAUCUCACGGCCCGCUCAGAUCCCUCGCUGUGGAACCCGGCCGCUCCGGAGCCAGGCCCGCCCCCGCUCCUGCCCCCUAAGAAGGACAAAAUGAGGAGGAAGGUGGAGAAAGAGAAGCGCCGAGAGGGAUGUACCCAUCUUGUGAAGUUAUUCAACAGCUGCCCCCUGCAGAUCCACAGUACAGCUGCCUGGACACACCCCUCCACUAAAGACCAGCACUUGCUCCUGGCUGCAGAGGAAGGCAUUUUCAUACUGAACCGGAAUGACCAGGAGGCCACGCUGGAGAUGCUCUUCCCCGGCCGCACAACCUGGGUGUACUGCAUCGACAACCUCCUGAUGUCUCUCUCAGGGAAGACACCCCACCUAUAUUCUCAUAGCAUCCUGGGCCUGCUGGAGAGGAAGGAGGGCAGAACGGGAAACCCCAUCGCUCACAUCAGCCCUCACCGGUUUCUGGCAAGAAGGAACAUGGUCUCCAGUAAGAUCCAGGACACCAAAGGCUGCAGAGCUUGCUGCGUGGCCGAGGGCGCAGGCUCCGGAGGCCCGUUCCUGUGUGGGGCUUUGGAGACAUCUGUGGUUCUGCUGCAGUGGUACCAGCCGAUGAACAAAUUCCUGCUUGUCCGGCAGGUGCUGUUCCCGCUGCCCACGCCGCUGCCAGUGUUCGCGCUGCUGACGGCGCCGGGCUCCGAGCUGCCGGCCGUGUGCAUCGGCGUGAGCCCCGGGCGCGCGGCGAGCUCCGUGCUGUUCCACACCGUGCGCUUCGGUGCGCUGUCCUGCUGGCUGGACGACUCCAGCACGGAGCACAAGGGCCCCGUGCAGGUGCUCCAAGUAAAGGAAGACAUCGUGAUGGUGUUGAUGGACGGCUCCCUGAAGCUGGUGACACCAGAGGGGGCCCCGGCUCCCGGCCUUCGCACCCCUGAGAUCCCCAUGACGGAAGCGGUGGAGGCUGUGGCUAUGGUUGGAGACCGGCUCCAAGCCUUCUGGAAGCACGGGGUCCAGGUGUGGGCGCCAGGCUCGGAACAGCUGCUGCAGGAGCUGAGAGACCCCACCCUCACCUUCCGGCUGCUCGGCUCGCCCAGGCCUGUGGUGGUGGAGACCCGGCCCACGGAUGACCCUACCGCCCCCAGCAACCUCUACAUCCAGGAAUGAGCCGCUGAGUGGGCAGGAGAGAACGAUGCCUUAUGGACACGCUAGCCGUCCUAAUGCGUCCUCGCCUCCCAAUAAACCUGACUUCAGUCUU